ACGCUGUGGCCCGCCCGAGGGCGGUUCCUGGGGAGCUGGCUGGGCGCUUCGGCCGAGGCCCGGAAGUGGACGAGGGCGGCCCGGGUUCCCGCUGCCUACCUGCCAUGGACGAGGCUGACCGACAGCUCCUGCGGCGAUGCCGGGUGCAGCUCGUCCGCGAGCUGCAGGUGGCUGAUCUCUGGGACGUCCUGCUGAACCGCCAGCUCUUCAAGCCAGACAUGAUCGAAGACAUCCAGCGGGCGGGCUCUGGGUCCCGGCGCGACCAGGCCAGGCAGCUGAUCACGGAUCUGGAGACUCGAGGGAGUCAGGCCCUGCCUUUGUUCAUCUCCUGCUUAGAGGACACAGGCCAGCACGGCCUGGCUUCAAUGCUGAGAACCAGUCGACAAGCAGCAAAGCGGGAUCCUGAGGCCAUCAGACCCCGGGACCUGCAGCCUGUGGUAGUCGGCCCGGAGGGCCUCGGACUGGAGGAGCCGAGAGGGGUGAGGCAGGACCCACCGAAGCUGACCCCAGGUAAACUCACCCCAGUAGUGCUGGGGCCUGAAGAGCUCUGUCCCACCGAGCUCAGACCAGAGGUUCUCAGACCAGACAUGCUCAGGCCAGCGGAUGUUCCUUCUGGAGGAUUCGGUGGUGUCUGUGCGCAGCAGAGACCGAGGGGAAACGCUGAUUUGGCCUACAUCCUGGAUGCAGACCCCUGUGGCCGCUGCCUCAUCCUCAACAACGUGAACUUCUCCCCGACGUCGGGGCUCAGCACCCGCUCCGGCUCCAACGUCGAUUGCGAGAAGUUGCGGAGACGCUUCCACUCGCUGCACUUCGAGGUGGAGGUGGAGCACGACCUGACCGCCAAGCAAAUGGGCCAGGCCCUGCUGGCGCUGGCGCGGCGGGACCACGGCGCCCUGGACUGCUGCGUGGUGGUCAUCCUCUCUCACGGCUGCCAGGCCAGCCACCUCCAGUUCCCCGGGGCCGUCUAUGGCGUAGAUGGAGGUCCUGUGUCUAUUGAGAAAAUUGUGAACAUCUUCAAUGGAACUGGCUGCCCCAGCCUGAGAGGGAAGCCCAAGCUGUUUUUCAUCCAGGCCUGUGGCGGAGACCAGAGAGACCGGGGGUUUGAGGUGGUCUCCACUGCCCCCGAGGACAGGGCCCCUGGCGGGAACCCGGAGCCAGACGCUGCCCCGUUCCUCGACAAGUCAGGUGCCUGUGACCAGCCAGAUGCCGUGUCUAGUUUGCCCACGCCGAGUGACAUCUUCGUGUCUUACUCCACCUUCCCAGGGUUUGUCUCCUGGAGGGACCGCAACCGUGGCUCUUGGUAUGUGGAGACUCUGGAUGGCGUUUUCGAGCAGUGGGCUCACUCGGAAGACCUGCAGAGCCUCCUGCUCAGGGUCGCUCAUGCUGUUUCCGAGAAAGGGGUUUACAAACAGAUCCCUGGUUGCAUUAAUUUCCUCCGGAAAAAACUCUUCUUUCGAACUUAAUGGAACCACGGCCCCGAUCCUGCCUCGCCCUUUACCCCCAAGCCUGCCUUCCCCCUCGCCCGGCGUCGGCGGAGACCUGGGCUUCCCUUCAACCUCGGCUGUCACAGGCGGCUGUCACGGGCGGCUGUCACGGGCGGAAGGACUCUGGAGCCCCUGGAGGGUCUGCUCCUCCCCACCCGCAGCAGACACUCUCGGCAGCAUCCACACUGAGGACAAAGGACUGACGACGGAGGAAGAGGAGAAGAACACCGUGGACACAACAUGCGGCUUUCCACCCGUGGCUGGUUGCCUGGCCAGUGACCGUGUCUGUGGUCCCUGUGUUCGCUCCGGAGCAGGGCUUCUCCGCCUCAGCACCCCUGACACCUGGGGCCCCAUGAUCCUUUGCGGGGUGGGGUGGGGGCGUGUCCUGUGCGUGUAGGACCCGGAGCAGCGUCCCUGGCCUCUACCCACGGGAUGCCAUUAGCAUCUAUCUCCCCUGAGUGGUGACCACCGGCAAUGUCUCAGGCAUUGCCAAGUGCCCCCUGGGGGCCCCCACCUGAGAACCACUGGACUUGGGGGGUAGUUUUUAGCUACAAACCAACCAUCAUCUCUGCCAAAUCAGCAGGUUUAGGACUCCUGGGGCCUGAACAGCUGUAAUCUGUGAAUCUUAAAUAAUGUCUUAAAAAUUACUUAUUUUUCCUGUAUACAGUAUUCUUCAAAAAAUAAAUCUUAGGUGAAAAGGA